AUGGACUGCUGGCACUUCGUUGAAGUGGCGGCGUCUGGCCAACCCAUUCUUCGUGAAGGUGAAAAGGAUAUACUCAUCGAACAAGUGGUCGGCUUGUACAACGAUAAACGCAAGAUUUUGAACUGUCAGAAAGGUAGAGUCUUUUUGACUUCUCAAAGAAUCAUAUAUGUCGAUCAUUCGAACCCAACUAGAAACUCUGUUUGUCUGGAAUUGGACGAUAUAGAAUCGAUAGAAUACUCUUCUAAAUUUCUGAGACGAUCUGCAAGGCUGAUUCUGUUCCUCAAAGGCAGCAGCGAUAGAAAUGCUUCUUCCAAUCGUGAAGUGGAAACCGUAACAAGUUCUUGGUCAUGUCCUAUCUGUAUGGUGACGAACGAAAUGGAGGGAAGUUUGACAGAAUAUACCGACCCGCUUCCGAUCUGUAUAAAUUGUGGUGUCCCAGCAGAUUAUGAACUAAUCAAGAGCUCGAUCAAUAUUUCAAAAGAUGCCAAUGAAGGCCAAAGUGCAGACGAAAAUUCGUGUCCCGCUUGCACGUUUAUUAAUCAUCCGCAGAUCACCAAUUGCGAGGUCUGUGGAACCCGACUGCCGACUGGGAUGGCACAGAAGCGAAGACCGCAGUUUCGUAGACCCUUCAAGGAUGCAAGAGUCCAACUGGAGCUGGAGCAAACGCCCGCGAAAGUCGAUCCAGAUAGAACUGCUAGGUUUGUUCAGGUGAGCUUCCGGAAAUCGGAUGGAAUGCUAUUUACUCAAGCAACAGCCAAGUCUUUGGAAGACCUCAAAAAGGCCCAAAUGGGUACGUUGUUCAACAAAAAUCUGGUUUCCGUCGACGGCGUUCCAGUUAAUUAUGAUUACAGCAAAGAAUUGCCGAUUUUAGAGACAAAGUUGAGCAAGGUGGGUAUAGCAAGUCUAGAGAGCAGCAGAGAAAAUCAGUUGUUGAAGAAUGACAUUCUGUUCAAUAGCGCCCUUACCGAUCUAAAUAAGCUAAUGUCUUUGGUUAAUGACAUUGAAGCUCUAUAUGCGGGUCAUAAAGCUAAGCUUAUAGGUGAAGGCAAAGAUAUGCAAAGACCACUUUUAAUUAUUGACAGGGAAAAGUUUUACAACAGGUCAUCUUUCCUAGACGAAAUCGCAAGAGAUAUAUACGGUUUUGCCAUUUCCGAAUUCAAGGACAACGGAGAGCGCAUAGGAUAUGGAAUGAUAACGUUGGUGGAUCUGUAUGCUAUGUACAAUAAGUCCAUGCGGAUCGGUACCGGCUUGAUUUCGCCUGCAGAGAUGAGGGAGGCUUGCGAAAGAUUAAACGAACUAAACCUCCGAGAUCUGAAAUUGACCCGAAUAAAUGGAAGAGUGCUAUGUCUCGCGUCGGACCACUCACUUGCAUUCUUGAGGGAUAAAAUACUAUCGCUGACGGAAUGCAAGAACGGCCGUGAUUUAUUACAGUUGACUCAGCUGUUGAAUGAAGGCGGGUCAAAUUCUUGGACUAUAGGUAUUCUAACGGAAGUUCUGCAAGAUUUGAUUGAGAAAGGGGAUUUGGUCACUGAUGAGCAAAUAAGUGGUGUGGCUUAUCAUAGGAAUAUUUAUUGGCCCCUCGAGAACUAG